AUGACCGAACCAGGUUCUAUACAACACAAGGUCCGCGAAAUAUUAUUCAGAUACAGAGCCACUCCUCUCCAGAAUGGCAAAACUCCAGCCGAAUUGUAUUUGAAUAGAAACAUUAGGUGCCAGCUCGACGUCUUCAAGCCUCCUUCUUUAAAAAUCCAAAAACGAGUACAAUUCGACCUGCCACCAUCACGACAAUUCAAAAUUGGGGACAAGGUACUAGCAAGAUGGUAUUCGAACAACAAGAAUACUUGGAAAUUUGGUUCGAUCAUCCAAAAAUUCGGACAUCUCCACUACCAAGUUGAACUUAAUAAUGGUUACCGGCUCAAACGACACACGAACCAGUUGAGAAAAGCCAACUUCGAUAUAUACCCCAACCGUCAGCUACCCUUGCAACCACCACAAAUUACUUCAGAUUCGGAAUCACCUGAAAUCAACCACCACUACGAAAAACUGGCGUCCAUGCUCCUACCAGCCAAUCCUGGAUCGGAUGUUAUUCCUGAUGUCGAAGCUGAACCUUCAGAAGUUGGACAAUCUCCAACAGUGGAAUCCGUCCGGCGAUCUACUCGACCUCGCCGUCCUCCAGAACGUUUUAGAGACUAUGUCAUGUGA